GGUGUUAAAUGCCGAACUGAAGUCCACAAAUAGGAUCCAAGCACAGGUCCCCGGUGAGUCAAGAUGUUGCAGGAUGUAAUGCAGUACCAUGUUGACUGCAUCGUCCACCGACCUGUUUGCUCCAUAGGCACACUGCAGGGGGUCCAGAUGGGGGUCUGUGAUUCAUUCAGGUGGACCAAUACCAAACUCUCAAAACACUUCAUGACUACAGAUGUCAGAGCGACAGGUCUGUAGGGUUAGGGGUUGGUCAUUCAGUUCCCUGUAGGAGGGUUUCUUGGGAACUGGGAUGUCAUUGGGAUCACAGUCAGUCAUUGCAUCGCUUUUAAACGCCUUUAUUGUGAAAUCUGACCGGAGCGGAAGUUGGCAGUUAGCAUUCCGUAGUCAAAAUACUUGUGAGUGUGUGUUCGAGUGUGACAAUGUUACCUUUAUCAAUUAAAGACGACGAGUACAAACCCGCCAAGUUUAACCUGCUGGUGAAGAUCUCGGGAUGGUUCAGGUCGAUCCUUGCCGAUAAAACCUCAAGGAACCUGUUCUUCUUCCUCUGUCUGAACCUUUCCUUCGCCUUCGUGGAGCUCAUGUACGGGAUCUGGAGUAACAGUUUAGGUCUGAUCUCAGACUCCUUCCACAUGUUCUUUGACUGCACCGCCCUGCUGGCAGGUCUGGCAGCCUCCGUCAUCUCCAGGUGGAGAGCCAACGACAGCUUCUCCUACGGUUAUGUGAGAGCAGAGGUGCUGGCAGGCUUCGUCAAUGGCCUCUUCCUCAUCUUCACAGCCUUCUUCAUCUUCUCUGAAGGAGUCGAGAGAGCCCUGGAGCCUCCUGACGUUCAUCAUGACCGGCUGCUUCCUGUCUCUGUUGCCGGGCUGCUGGUAAACCUGGUUGGGAUCUUUGUGUUCCAGCAUGGAGGCCAUGGACACUCACAUGGAGAGGGAGGUCACGGUCACAGCCACUCUCUGUUUAAUGGCAGCGUGAGUCACGGCCACAAUCACGACCACCAGAGCAAACACGCAGACUGGCACAGUCCCAGUGAACAUGGUGGACACGGACACAGUCAUGGAGGACACGGGCACAGUCAUGAUGGUCACGAGCACAGUCAUGGUGGACAUGGACACAGUCAUGAUGGUCACGAGUACAGUCAUGGUGGACAGAGACACUGCCACGAGGAGCCGCACUGUCACGAUGAGCUGCAGCACACGGGGAGAACCUCCAGCAAACAGAUCCUGCAGGGCGUCCUCCUACACAUCAUUGCUGACACUCUCGGCAGCAUUGGGGUGAUCAUCUCUGCUCUGUUGAUGCAGAAGUACGACCUGAUGAUCGCGGAUCCCAUCUGCUCCAUGCUGAUCGCCCUCCUCAUUGGAGUCAGUGUGGUGCCAUUACUGAGAGAGUCCAUUGGGAUCCUGAUGCAGAGAACACCACCUUCACUGGACCACACCCUGCCAGAGUGUUAUCAGAAGGUGCAGCAGCUGCCGGGAGUGUACAACCUACAGGAGCCCCACUUCUGGACUCUGUGUACUGACAUUUACAUCGGAACAUUAAAGCUGCUGGUGGCCCCCGACGCCGACACCCGCUGGAUCCUCAGCCAGACUCACCACAUCUUCACACAGGCCGGAAUUCGACAGCUGUACGUUCAGAUCGACCCAGUGGCCAUGUAGAAGCUCCUCCUCCUCUGAACCCCUGGGGUCCAAUCACAUUCACUCUGCAGCUGCAGGUGACCCUGCCCCCCACCCCACAGACUGACUGAGACCACCAGGUGGUGGAGGGGUUUCAGAGACCCUGGGACAUGUGACUCAAUGAGCUUGAAAGCUCCUCCCCCACCGGUUUUUAUUUUAAUAUACCAGUCAGUGGCCAGUGUGACCCCACCCCCACCCCAGAGCAAAGCAUUGUGGGUAAGUGCCUUCAUCAUGAAUCAGAGACAAUCUGAGCCCGCCCUUCCUCUCUUGUGACAUCACUCCUGGGACCAGACCGCUGCUGGCUGAUUGGUCUGUGGUGAGUGUGAUGUCAUGCUGUGCUUUUAACGUGCCAAACCAUGUGACCAAACCAUAUGACUUUUUAUGUGAUGAUUCUGUUUGAUCUCCAACUUUAUUGAUGACAUAAAAUCACUGUUUCCCAGAA